CUGUGAAUCACAGAACGAAAAAAAAAAUAAAAAAGAAUAUUUUGAUGAUACCAUAAAUCCACGGCUGACUACCGAAAAGUCCAACACCUCUCUCUUUCUUCUUACCUCUGUCAAAAUUUCUGUCUCUCGUAUUCCCCGGCGACGAGGAUUUUCCAAUGACCGGCAGCGAUUACGGGCGUUCGGAGAAGUGAGGAAGGUGCGGCAUGGGCGACAACGUCGUCGCAAGGACAUUCCGAGCUCUGGUGGAGAGCGCGGACCAAAAGUUCGCUAGGGUUAGAGACGUUCCGACAUACGGACGCGGGCCGAACCACUAUUUCCAGAAGGUGUUCAAGGCUUACACGAGGCUCUGGCAGUAUCAGCAGGAGAACAGGUCGAAACUGGUUGAGGCGGGCUUGCAACGGUGGGAAAUCGGCGAGAUCGCGAGUCGGAUUGGUCAGCUUUACUUCGGGCAGUACAUGAGGACGAGCGAGGCUAGGUUCUUGCUCGAAUCAUAUAUUUUUUACGAGGCGAUUCUAAAUAGGGGGUAUUUUCAGGGAUCCAAGGGUUCGAUGAAGGAUCUGGGAGUGAGAUUCAAGGAAUUGAGGUUUUACGCAAGGUUUUUGUUGGUUUCAUUGUUAUUGAAUCGUUCGGAGAUGGUGCGGGUUCUUGUGGAGCGCUUUAGGGCUCUGGUUGAUGAUUGCAAGGUCACUUUUCGGGAAACCAAAAAUAACUUCAGAGAGUGGACAUUAGUUGUACAAGAAAUCGUCCGUUUUAUGAAAGUAGAAACAGCCUUUAUGAAUGUGAGGCCGCUGAGAUAUUGCAAUUUGUUCGAUUCAUAUCCAUCUUCUGUCCCAUAUGUAGCCCGUUUCCAUGCCAAGAAAAUGCUCAAAUUUCGAGAUGCGCUGCUGGCAAGCUAUCAUCGAAAUGAGGUCAAAUUUGCGGAACUUACUUUGGAUACUUACAGAAUGCUGCAAUGUUUGGAAUGGGAACCUAGUGGGUCUUUCUACCAAAAGCGGCAAGUUGAAUUAAAUGAGAAAUUAAAUGAAAAUGGUGCUUUGACUGAUCAUUCUGGAACCUCUGGAUUGAUUGACAUAAACUUGGUGGUGGAUAUGACUGAUCCAACUCUGCCUCCAAAUCCGAGGAAGGCCAUUCUCUAUCGUCCAUCUGUGACACAUUUGAUAGCAGUUAUUGCUACCAUCUGUGAGGAGCUCCCUCCAGAUAGUGUUAUGCUCGUAUAUCUAUCAGCAUCAGGGAAGUCUGGCGGGGGUAAUAUUUCUCAGAUGGAGAAUUCUGGAGGUACAAGGAAAUCUUCAAAAGUCAAGGUUGUUUCUGAGAUCUCACAUGAACUGGAUAGCUGUAUGCCUGAAGCUCCUGUUAAUAACAAGGGACACUCGAGUGAUUGUCAUGAAAAUUUUCUGUGUUUAUGUCCAAAAGGAAAUGGAGGUUCAAAUAAUAACCUUUACCCUGGUGAUAUAAUUCCUUUUACCAGAAGACCACUUUUCUUGAUUAUUGAUAGUGACAACAGCCAUGCAUUCAAGGAUUUACACGGUGCAGAGAGGGGAGAGACGGCUGCCCUACUUCUUUCCCCUUUGAAGCCAGCAUUCAAGGGGCCAUUUGGCUCUGAUACAACACAGAAUGGAAGUCAGUUCACAUUCUUCCUGACUGCUCCUCUACAGGCUUUCUAUGAAUUGGUUGGCCUUUCAUUUUCGGACACAGAUUCGGAUGCUUACAAUGAUGCUGACAAAAUACUCUCCACUGCCUUGUCUGAGUGGGAAGUAAUACUCUGUACAUCCACUAGCUUGGAUCUGGUCUGGGCUCAAGUUUUAUCGGAUCCAUUUCUGAGGCGACUUAUUCUUAGAUUCAUAUUUUGCCGAUGUGUGCUGUCUCUCUUCUGCCCUCCAGAAGAUAGUGAACAAUAUCUGCCCCUUUGCUUGCCCCAGCUUCCCAGUUCUGUCUCUCCAAACUCUGAUGCUGUGCAAUCUGCAGUCCUCCAACUGGCAAACCACCUUGGGGUUGCUGAGUGUUUCUCUGAUUAGGACAGAAAUUUGUGAAACAAGAUUACUACCUCCUUUGGUGGUUCAACAGGAGAAAUUAUCCUUGAACUCCACCCCUUGAGUUUUUCAAGGGACGUCAGUGAAGAAUGUCAACAACAGGCCAUAGGUUGUCAUGUGGAAAGGAAUCCAUCAGUGGGAGUUGCUUUUGCUUGUUUUAGUGCUUAUAUGCAACCCCAAUGUUUCUACCGAAAUUGUAUGGUGGUUCUGUUGUUCUGUUGGAGGGGUGUUUGGCGAUGUACUGGGUUUGUUCUUGCAUAGUGGGUUAAUUGUUUAUGGGGCUCAUUGAAGAUUGAUGUUCUGCUUGUUACAAAUUAGUCCUAAUUUGUUUAUACCUUUAUAAAAGAAAAUCAGGUACUCAAAGAGAGAGGAGGUUGAAUUUUUUGUUCCCUUUUUUGUCUCUUUCAGGCGGCUUUGUUGUCACGAAUAUUAUUGUAGAAGUUAGUUAAAGGGCAGGAUGCAGUUUUGAUUGUUUUGGGAACUUUGGAAUAUGAGGCCUGUGAAAAAUGAUUGAAUCCUUGCAAUAAUUUUUCUUAUA